AAAACUAUUCCAAAUACCACCAUUUUGGAGGAGGCUGAAGAAAAAGGACACAAAACUGGCUAAACACAGUGAAGAAUAUAGUAAAUCAGAGUAUAAAGUGCACCUAAUUGCAGUUUGAGAGUGGGCUCUGAAGUACAAUCUUGGUUUUGCUUUUCAGCUGGAUUUUCAAUGUAUGCCAACGCUGGACUUCCGAUGGAACUGAAAACAAAACAUUUCAGCUUUUGGAGUAAUUCUGGUAUGUUUUUCUACAUCACACUAGUGGCAAAGAUACAGUCGACAAAAGAUUGUGCUCCCUCAACUUCUGGCAUGGACAGCUGAGGAAUAUAAACCCUGAUGGUGACAAAGGGUGAUCAUUUCUUAUUUUUCACUACUUAUCUCACCGGUUUUGGACUUAGCAAUGGAUAUUCUUUGUGAUGAGAAGAGCUCUGUGAACCCAACUGUAAACUCCUUAAUACAAAUAAAUCAUGAGAGAAGACUUUACAGAAAUGUUUAUGGAGCUGGAGAGAUUAAUAUAUCACAUCUUUUUAACCUGACUGUCGACUCUGAAAACCUUACCAAUCUUUCGUGUGAAAGUAACAUGAGUCCACCGUGCUACUCUUCCCUGUUUCAGCUUUCACAGAAAAACUGGCCAGCUUUGCUGACAGUGAUAGUGAUUGUUUUAACCAUUGCUGGAAAUAUUCUUGUCAUCAUGGCUGUGUCACUGGAGAAAAAACUACAGAAUGCCACUAACUAUUUUCUAAUGUCACUUGCAAUAGCUGAUAUGCUGCUGGGUUUCCUUGUCAUGCCUGUGUCAAUGUUAACCAUACUGUACGGAUACACAUGGCCUCUACCGACAAAGCUCUGUGCCAUUUGGAUCUACUUGGACGUGCUUUUCUCCACUGCCUCCAUCAUGCACCUCUGUGCCAUCUCACUGGAUCGCUAUAUUGCCAUUCGAAACCCCAUCCAUCACAGCCGGUUUAACUCAAGAACUAAGGCCUUUGCAAAAAUAAUUGCUGUUUGGACCAUAUCAGUUGGUAUCUCCAUGCCUAUACCUGUCUUUGGACUACAAGAUGACUCCAAAGUGUUUAAGAAAGGCAGCUGCUUACUUGUGGAUGACAAUUUUGUCCUAGUAGGCUCUUUUGUGGCAUUCUUCAUCCCUCUAACCAUCAUGGUGGUCACCUACUUUUUAACUAUCAAGUCGCUGCAGAAGGAAGCUAUGCUAUGCGUGAAUGACAUUGGCCCAAAGACCAAGUUUGCUUCAUUUAGCUUCCUCCCUCAGAGUUCCCUGUCCUCAGAGAAACUCUUCCAGCGCUCUUUGAACAGAGAAGUGGGGACUUCUGGGAGGAGAACCAUGCAAUCCAUCAGCAACGAGCAGAAGGCUUCCAAGGUUCUUGGCAUUGUCUUCUUUCUGUUUGUUGUGAUGUGGUGCCCAUUUUUCAUCACCAAUGUGAUGGCCGUGAUUUGCAAGGAGUCAUGCAAUGAAGAAGUCGUUGGAGGACUACUUAAUGUAUUUGUUUGGAUUGGCUACCUUUCUUCGGCUGUCAACCCACUUGUAUAUACGUUGUUCAAUAAAACCUACCGUUCAGCUUUCUCUCGUUACAUUCAGUGUCGCUACAAGGAGGAGAAGAAACCUUUCCAGCUGAUUUUAGUGAACACUAUCCCAGCACUUGCAUAUAAUUCGAGCCAGCUCCAGCUAGCACAAAUGAAGAGUUUGAAAAAAGAGGCAAAAAUGAUGGCUAAGGAUUAUUCAAUGGUCACGAUAGGAAUACAUCAUUUGGAUGGUACCUCCAAGGGAAUUAUCAGCCCAGCAAACGAAAAGGUUAGCGGUGUUUGAUGGUCAGCAGCUGCCAUGACAACCACCAUGUGUAUGCUGAAAAUUUCACCUGGUUGUGAGAAGCUCUGAUAGCUUAGGAAAAUCAGCCCUGUUCAAGAGACCCUCCAAUAACAUCACAUACUCCUCAUAUUAUCCUGUGGUUGAAAAGCAGGGAUGAAAUGGUAUCAAAUGUGCAAUUUUUUUUCAUACAGUACUUUGGCUAUUUUAAGCACAGGCUUUAUUAAACUUAUUUUUUUAAUAUUCUAAAGGAUAUAUUUCUUAAAGAAAAAAAAUGCAAUUUCUGGUAUUAUAACAUGAGCUGUGAAGAAACCUACGCAUUUCUUUUCUCUUUGCAAAUGAAAGCUAAGCUUUGAUGUUCUUGCAGAGUUGGCUCCAGCUAGUUUGUCUUGCUACAAUGGAAUUUUGUUAUCAUCAACUGAAUGAGCACUUUACAGAAUUUUAAAUAAAAUGAUGGUUAAUUUACUAAUAUAUAUUUAAAAUAAAUUUUAAUGUAUUAAAGAAAAAUCUAUUAAAACCUGUAGAGAUUAAUUAUAUGGACAUUUUGGUAACAGUGUUUUUAUGGCUAUAUUUUUCUUCUGAGUAACCAUUCUGAAAUGUUACUGGGCUUUUCUGCCAUUCAUUCUAUAGUGUGAAUUAGCAAACUUCAAAGGUAAAUUAUACUUGAAUGAUUCUUUGUUUCCUCCACCACUCAUAAUCUUUAUUUCAUGUCUUGUGCUUUAUCUCCAUUCAAGAAGUUUCAUCUGUUCAGCUUAAAACUUAAAAGUAAUCUUUUCAAAAGUAAUUGUUGGGCUUGAUUCCCUGCUCCUUCCCACUGAUGUUGGCAGGGAAGUGAAGUGAGAGAAGAGUGGAAAAUCAGGCACAACAUCGCUGAAUGAUUUCAGGAACAAUUCCACAUCCAUGCCUCUGAUUCCAACAGAGUCUGAUUUAAGUAAUGUCAGAGGAAAUUUUGAAUGAGUAAAGCCUUCAGUAAAAGGUUGCAGCAGAACCUCUCUCGUCAUUUCUCUUCGGUUACAAAAGCUGUUAUAAAAGAUGUC